CGUUAGACGAGUGGAAGUCAGGUGUGCUGCGUGUGCAUGUGACGUGCAUGCCAGUGCAUCGUGACGGGAGGUAGGUCGGUCGUACCACAGACCAGAUCUCCUCCAGGUCUGUGGUCGUACGUACAUGUGCAUCAUGUACACGUAUCAUUCCAGAAGGCGGUUAAUUCGGAUCAGGUAAUGUUACCGUGGUGAAGUUGAGGAAGGUUUUCAUCCAUCCGAGAGCGAGCUGAGGAUUUAAAUUUACCAGUGCCAAAUUGGCAGAUAGUUGCUAAUUUGCCAUCAUGUCCUUUGAGGCGUUUCCCGCCGAAGUUGUUCAACAGUUCAAUAACCCUGGACCAUACUACGUUCGAGAAAAUGGAAAGCUUCGCUCUCCACCUGGCAUGGGCUCUUGUGCCCGGUCGCUCUGCAAACCAGGCCAGACUACCAAUCUUGUGAUACAGGCCAACUCUACAGACGGUUUGGAAAACUCCCCACGUAAACUCUUCGACAUAACACUGGACUUUGUCACACUGAACAUCGGACUAGUGGACUCACUGGUUGGGUUUCCAGAGGUCGUGGGUCGGCAGCUGUUUGAAGCAUCUCAUCGCCAUGGCAACCUUGGCCUUCAGGCAUUGAGGCUGUUCAGUGAUGCCUAUGGAGAUGCCAUUCUACAGAGCAUCAAUCUUAGUGGACAUCAUCUGGCUGUCAACCAGCAUAGCAACUGUCUAGCGGUCUUCCAGUAUUUGUCUGAAUUGGAGGUCGGAGGUUGUAGCCUAGGAGAUGACCAUGAAAUUCUCCCAACCAUAGCAAACUGUCACAGUUUGAAAAGACUCGGACUGGCAAACAACCGUCUGACAGAUGUUGGUAUGCAGAGGUUGACAUCUCCACUACGAGUAAUGGGAAAAGGGCCAAGAAAUCUGAGAAUCCUGGAUCUGUCGGGUAAUAACUUGAUCGGUGACAAGUCUGCCAAGUUGUACCUGACUGCUUUCUCAUCUCUCCAAGCGAUUGAUCUGUCUGGCUGCAGCGUCACCUCACGUGGCCUGGACAUGCUGAAAUCCAAACUGAGACUGGAAAUCGGUGCCUCGUCAGAUGCUUCACCAUUCCAUCUGCCUGUCAAAACCAUUGGAUGGGCCUUCCCUUUAGUGGCAGAGUGGAUAGUAUCCAGCACUGCUCUGAUGCAGAGAGCCAAGACCAAGGCUAGCAAGGACCACGCUCCAGGGGCAUCCAAAGCAAUUAAUUUCAAUGGAAGAGCUCUUAAACGGCUUGAGAAUGUUUCCGGGAGUUCUUUGUCUGAAACUACACGUCCAGUCUUCCCAAUUGUUCGACUUGUUGCAGCCACCGCCCUGGGCAGCCAACCAACUAGUGACCCAGUAGAAAAUGAGGUCUCCAUGUCAGAGGUCAGCAACGCAGUUGAGAGACGGUCAAAGAAGUGUGUGCCACGCCAACAAACAGGUGAAGAUAACCAUCAUCAAAGGAUGUUAAUUCGUACCUGAGCAAAAUAGAGGAGGCAUUAAUUGGACAGUACUCCAUCAGUGCAAAGCAUAAAUUUCACAAGAACAAACCCGCAAGCAAACAAGAGCACUGGAGCUCUUUUGACUCGGACUUUGAUGAGCCAAAUGCCAGCGGAGGUAAACCAAUCCUCAAACAUGAGCCGACGAGGAUUGGAAAACCACCACCAAAGAAGAGGAUUAAACUCUGCUCCAAGGUAUCCAGAGGAUUUUCUGACAUUCCACAGGAUCCACAAGUCGACGAUGUCAAAUGUGUCAAGCCAAGACCAAAGAAAAAAUCUGUUUCUUGUCAACAGAUCUCCAAUCGACAGUCCGAGGAUGAAGUCAUUUGAUCUUGAAGGGUCAAAGGUCAUUUUCGAACCUAAAGACUAUUGAUGAAAAGUGCAUGUAGCAGCAGACACGGACAUCACAAAUUGUACUGAACUUGCUCACUUGACUACAAGGAGCAACAGUAAUUCAGACGUGGAGUUGGUUUGCAGAGCAUCCCUAACUGUAGAAAGAAUAUUUUCGGUGACCAAGCCAGCAAUUCCACAGCCACUGCAUUCUGGAAUGCAAUGCACAGUGAAGAAUGGGGUUAGCUGGUCAUGAGCUACAGUGUAGUACAACUCAGUCGCACACAAUUACCACAGCAGUAACUAUUUCUCUACCAGCAACAUGAAACUUUUUAUUUCAUCAAUAUCCAGUAUCAUCCACAUGAUGACAUCUACAUCAUUGUGUGCAUAGAAUAAUAGACAGUUAUAAAAACGAUCCUGACCUCCAAAAGUGCUGCUUGAGUAUGGGUUUGAAGGAGGGUCUUCAAAAUUGUGUCAAAUUUUGAGUUGUAUGACAUCCGCACUCAGUAGGCAGAAUUAAACAGGAUUCACAAUGAGGUUUGAAGCUUUUCAUGUUGGAGGUAGCAAGUAAACUAGAUAGGUUUGCGGUAGCACCACGGAGAAAGUCUCCUGACGA